AUAUUGCAAUAUAUUUGCAAUAUAUUUCUAUAAUAAUAUAAUAAUGUAUGUAUAAUAUUAUAAUAUAAUUAUAAUAUAUAAUGCAAUUAUAAUACAAUAAUAUACGUAUAAUAAUAGUAUAUAAUAAUAUAAUAUAACAUCUAUAUAUAUAAAAGAGUGAUGGCAUCACGGCGACCCACAAAACAACAAAACUACAGGCCCCCCAACCUCGAAAUUUGACAACACAACCCAUCAUCCACGCCUCUAGGUUGAUACAACAAAAAGAAAAGAAAAAUAAAGUCCUAAUUAGAGAGAGAGGAAUAAUUGCUUUUAUCCAAUUGCUGCCAGUUAGAAGGCUAAGCUUCUCCAACUUGGUCUCCUAGCAACCCAAUAAAAAAUAAUAAAAAACACUAAAAAUUAAUACAAUAAAAUACUAUAAUAACAGAAAAUAACUAAAAAUAAUACAAGAAAAUAAUAAAAUAUAAUAAAUAUAAAUAUAACUUACAAUAAAAUUAAUAAAAAAUUGCAAAUAACGUCAAAUAAAAAUUACACAACAAUUUUUAACCAAUACCACCACCACUUUGCCACAGCAACGCGUGGCCGGGCACAGCUAGUAAUUAUAUAAUAUAAUGUACUAUAGCAGAAUGUCCCUCCUGCAAAAAAAAGUUUCGUAAGUUUAAUAAACUUUUCCCAUGUUUUUGCUAGAACCAAUUAAGAAAUGACAUUGAUAACCCAGGAACAAAAAAUCAUAGUGUGACAGUGUUGAACUUUGGGAGGAAGCAACUUUUAAUAAAAGUAUUUUGCAUUGGUAUGACAAUGUAUGGAAGAAGAAGCACACGCUAGAAUAGUGUUGAGCGUCCAGGAGUUUCGGUCUUAUAUUCUUGGAAUUAAUAAUACCAUGGAAUGAAUGCAUUUCAAUGGCCCUUGCGCCGCUGUGGCUCCUGGGAGUUGUAGUUCUACUAAGGGUGCAUCUUCUACACUGUGAACUUAAUGCAGUUUACGAAUGGCCCUUUAAAAGCAGAAGCGAGAUGCUCACCAUGAAACAUCAUGUGAGAUGGACCCGGGAGGAAGCGAGAAGAGGACGAAGAACAAGAGUUUUCGCUUUCCUUUUUUGGGGCUGUUUUUGUAUCAUUAAAACAAUGGGUUCGUUAUGAAUUACAAGGGGGAUCGGCAAAGGCCACGCGUCAUAGAAUCCUACAAUCGGAAGAGACCCCAAGCAGAGGCUGGAUGGCCAUCUGUCAGGAGGGAUCGGAUGGUGUCUUGCUUCCUGGAAGAACAGAGCUAGACUAGAUGGCCUUGGGGAGCCCCUCCCAAAUCUAGGAUUCUGUAUCAGUCAGAUAUACUGUAUAUAUAUACGAGUAUAAGCCUAGUUUUUCAGCCCUUUUUUUAGGACUCAAAAAGCCCCCCUCGGCUUAUACUUGGGUGAGGGUCCUGGUUGGCUUAUAUUUGGGUCAGCUUAUACUCGAGAAUAUAGGGUACAUUUGUUAUUUUUCUCUAUUAUUAUUAUUAUUAUUAUUACAUUUAUUAUUUUACUCUAUUAUUAUUACAUGUAUUAUUUUUCUCUAUUAUUAUUGGUAUUAUUACAUUUAUUAUUUUUCUCUAUUGUUGCUACUAUUACAUUUAUUUUACUCCAUUUUUUAUUAUUAAUACAUUUAUUAUUUCACUCUGAUCUUAUUAUUAUUAUUAUUAUUGCAUUUAUUAUUUUACUCUAUUUAUUAUUACAUGUCUUUUUUUAAAGACUGAAAAAGCCCCCCUGGGCUUAUACUCGGGUGAGGGUCCUGGUUGGCUUAUAUUUGGGUCAGCUUAUACUCGAGAAUAUAUGGUACAUUUAUUAUUUUUCUCUAUUAUUAUUGGUAUUAUUACAUUUAUUAUUUUACUCUAUUAUUAUUACAUUUAUUAUUUUUCUCUAUUAUUGUUGCUACUAUUACAUUUAUUUUAAUCUGUUUUUAUUUUUAUUAUUAUUAUUAAUACAUUUAUUAUUUCACUCUGAUCUUAUUAUUACUCUACUGUAUAUACUCUAGUAUAAGCCUAGAUUUUCAGCCCUUUUUUUAGGACUCAAAAAGCCCCCCUUGGCUUAUACUCAGGUGAGGGUCCUGGUUGGCUUAUAUUUGGGUCAGCUUAUACUCGAGAAUAUAUGGUACAUUUGUUAUUUUUCUCUAUUAUUAUUGGUAUUAUUACAUUUAUUAUUUUACUCUAUUAUUAUUACAUUUAUUAUUUUUCUCUAUUGUUGCUACUAUUACAUUUAUUUUACUCUAUUUUUAUUAUUAAUACAUUUAUUAUUUCACUCUGAUCUUAUUAUUAUUAUUAUUAUUAUUAUUAUUAUUAUUAUUGCAUUUGGGUCAGCUUAUACUCGAGAAUAUAUGGUACAUUUACUAUUUUUCUCUAUUAUUAUUGGUAUUAUUACAUUUAUUAUUUUACUCUAUUAUUAUUACAUUUAUUAAUUUUCUCUAUUAUUGUUGCUACUAUUACAUUUAUUUUAAUCUGUUUUUAUUAUUAUUAUUAUUAUUAUUAUUAAUACAUUUAUUAUUUCACUCUGAUCUUAUUAUUACUGUACUGUAUAUACUCUAGUAUAAGCCUAGAUUUUCAGCCCUUUUUUUAGGACUAAAAAACCCCCCCUCGGCUUAUACUUGGGUGAGGGUCCUGGCUGGCUUAUAUUUGGGUCAGCCUAUACUCGAGAAUAUAGGGUACAUUUAUUAUUUUUCUCUAUUAUUAUUGGUAUUAUUACAUUUAUUAUUUUACUCUAUUAUUAUUACAUUUAUUAUUUUUCUCUAUUAUUGUUGCUACUAUUACAUUUAUUUUAAUGUUUUUAUUAUUAUUAUUAUUAUUAUUAUUAAUACAUUUAUUAUUUCACUCUGAUCUUAUUAUUACUGUACUGUAUAUACUCUAGUAUAAGCCUAGAUUUUCAGCCCUUUUUUUAGGACUAAAAAAGCCCCCCUCAGCUUAUACUUGGGUGAGGGUCCUGGCUGGCUUAUAUUUGGGUCAGCCUAUACUCGAGAAUAUAGAGUACAUUUAUUAUUUUUCUCUAUUAUUAUUGUAUAUUGUAUUGUAUAUUAUUGUAUAUUGUAUAUAUGUCUAUCCUAGUUUUGGCUGCCAGGCCACCCGCUGGGAGGGAUCGGAGGGUGCCGUGCUCCCCGGAAAGCGUAAUGCCCGUUCCGCACUGUUUUCCUUUCCCGACAGGCCGGCGGAGGAGACGAUGUGCGUGCUGGCGGGCCUGUGGCUGUCCGUGGUGCUGUGCGCGGGGGGCUGUGGGGCCUACGGCUUCCGCAACUGCAUCCAGGACAUGUGGGACCCGGGGUACUUCAAGUGCAUGCAGCGCUUCCUGGCCGAGGCCUCCUGGGCAACGGGGGACCUGCCGGCCAACGCCACCGCCCUCAACGCCUCCCACAACGCCAUCCACCGCCUGCCCCCCGGGGCCUUCGCCCGCCUGCCGGCCCUGGCCGAGCUCUCCCUGACCCACAACGGCCUGCAGACCGUGGACGAGGGGGCCUUCCGGGGCCUGGCCGCCCUGCGCAGCCUCAACCUCUCCUGCAACGCCCUGCAAGGCCUCUCCGCCGGCGCCUUCCUAGGCCUCCGCAACCUCAGCCUCCUCCUCCUGCACAACAACCGCUUGCACACUCUCCACCCGGACACCUUUGCUCCGCUGCAGAACCUUCUGGAACUGGAGCUGCAGUUCAAUGACUUGGGGAGCUUCGGGGACGUUGCCGAGAGCCUUUGGAUGCUGCCGAAGAUGGAGCGCCUGAACCUCUGCAAUAACAACCUGACUUCGCUUCGGUCAGAACGGAGCCUCCCGGCUUCCUUGAUGGAGCUCUCUCUCUGCAACAAUUCCUUAUCCGGAUUAGACGGUGAUGGACCACGCUUCCUGCAGAACGUCAAAUGGCUGGACCUCUCUUACAACAAUAUCUCAGACGUUUCUUCGUUCGCCAGAGUUGAGCUCCGGAACCUCACCAACUUGAAGCUGGUGGGGAACAACAUCGAUGUUUUCCAGGUCGUCAACGUUUCCGACGCAUGGACUCAUAACUUGGACUAUUCCGGCUUGCGCUUGAACAGAUAUUCGCAGCUCGUCGACUUGUGCCGCCUCCUCGGGAAAUCCAUGCGCCCCAUGCGCAGCCUGAGCCUCCGAAGCAACAACAUCAGGAACGUGAGCCACAACGCCUUCUCCGCCUGCCCUCCCCUCCUGCUGCUGGACCUUUCCCGGAACCGGCUCAAGUCGGUGGGCUGUGUGCGCGAGAUGCUGAACGCGAGCACGCAGGGCCAGCUGAAGGCCCUGGUCGUGGAGCACAACCUGCUGAACGGCCUGCGCUCCUGCUCCCAAGGCCAAGUCCUGACGCAGCUGCGCUUCGUCUCGUUCCGCUUCAACCGCAUCCUCUCCGUCCGAGGCUGGGCGUUCCGCUACGCCCCCAACCUGGACCGGCUGCACCUCAACAUCAACAGCGUGGCCUACUUAGACCGGCGGGCCUUGUGGGGCCUGCAGGCGCUGACCGAGCUGCGCCUGGACAACAACCUCCUCACCGACAUCUACGAGGACACCUUCCGCGACCUGGGCAACCUCCGGACGCUCAAUCUGCGCAACAACCAUGUCUCGGUGCUCUUCCCCGGCGUCUUCACCAAACUCGGGAAUCUCAGCAUCUUGGACCUGGGCGGGAACAACCUCCGCCAGCUGACCAACACGUCCUUCGAGGGGCUGAAGAACCUCUCCAACCUCUACCUGGACGGGAACCGUAUUGAGAGGAUCAGCCACGGCUUCUUCAGCCCAGUGCAGAACACGCUGCAAGUGCUGGACUUGAUGGGCAACAGGAUUCACUACAUCAGCAUGAAGCCAGACGGGCCACCGCCGUUCAUGAACCUGCACAAACUCUAUGACCUCAAGCUCCUGGCCCAGCAGCCCUACGGCCUGGGAAUCAUCCCGCCCAGGUUCUUCAAGGGCCUGACCUCUUUGCGCGACCUCUACCUCUCGGAGAACAAGAUCCUCUCUGUGGCGCCGGACGCGUUCGACGACCUGGGGCAGCUGCGGCGCCUGAACAUGGCGGACAGCAGCAACGGCAUGGGCGACCUCCCGCCCGGCAUCUUCAAGAACCUCCGCAACUUGGUCUCGCUUGACCUGGAGAACGCCGGCCUCCGAACACUGACCCUGAAGGUCUUCGGCAACCUGACCAAGCUGCGCAACCUCCAGCUGGGCAAGAACGAGCUCCAGACCGCCAACAGCAGCGUGAUGGAGCGGCUGGUUGGGCUGAGGUACCUCGACCUACGCAAGUGCCCCUUGACCUGCACCUGCGACAACGUCUGGCUCCAGGAGUGGCUCAACAACAGCCAGGUCCACGUGGUGUACAUGUACAACUACUCCUGCCACUCAGGCGAGCGCAGCUUCGUCUACAGCUUUGACACCAACGUCUGCUACGAGGACGUGGGCCUCUACCUCUUCGCCUGCACCUUCCCGGCCCUGCUGCUCCAGAUGCUGCUCCCGUUCCUCUACCACCGGACCUAUUGGCAGCUCAAGUACCGCUUCUACGUCCUGCGGGCCUGGCUGGGCGACCGCUGGCGGCGCGGGAAGGCCGAGAGCUGCCGCUUCGACGCCUUCGUCUCCUACAACUCCUGCGACGAGCGCUGGGUGCUGGAGCAGCUGGUGCCCAACCUGGAGGCCGGCGGGAGCCCCGCCUUCCGGCUCUGCCUCCACCACCGGGACUUCCAGCCGGGGAAGUACAUCAUCGACAACAUCGUGGAGAGCAUCCACAACAGCCGGCACACCAUCUGCGUCAUCAGCCGGAGCUACCUGCGGAGCGAGUGGUGCUCCAUGGAGAUCCAGCUGGCCAGCUACCGGCUCUUCGAUGAGCUUAAGGAUGUCCUGGUGCCCGUCUUCCUGGAGGAGAUCCCCGAGAGGGAGCUCUCCGCUUACUACCGCAUGCGGAAGGUGAUGCUCAAGAAGACCUACGUCACCUGGCCCCCCGAGACCCAGGCCCAGCAGCUGUUCUGGGCCAAGCUGAGGAUGGCGCUGGCGGCGGGGACAACGGAAGAGGAGGAGGACGGAGGGAGGACGACACACGGCUCGGAGAAGGACAGCAAGCCCGUCCCGGAAUCUGUCGGCAAGAUAGCAUCCUAGCCACAUGGGGACCCCCCAACACACAUUUGGUCUCUUUGCACUACCACUAUCUCUUCGUUAUGAUUCCGCUUCAGGGCGUUUUACCGGUUGUACAGUCGUGGUCAUACAGCCUGGAAAACCACACAACACCCCAGUGAUUCCGGCUGUGAAAGCCUUCGACAGGACAUGACUCUGCUUUCGUUGACAUGGAGAUACCAUGUCAAAUCCUGAGGUUUGUACGUUAGGAGGAGUCCGGAUCGUUCUCAAUACUUUUCCCCCAAAACAUUGAAUCCCAGGCUUCCGUUCAGUGGAAUAAUAGCACAAUGUAACACAGUUUUUGUCCCAGGGUUCCGAACGUCAUUAUUUCCCACUUGGUUCUAUCAUCAAAACAUGGGAAAAACUUUUGUUUUUGCAGGAGGGACAUCCUGCUACAGCACGUUUUGCUCUAGUUUUUCAAUGAACAUCUCACAGAGUUUCAACCAAUUCAGCCACAAAGACAAAGUUUCUGGAGGAGAACUACUACUUUCAGAGAAAGCUCCGCACAAUUAAACAGGAAAGCACACUUUCAAACCAGGAACAGAACAUUUUUUCAAUUUUUGUUACAUGGUGUAAUGGUACUAUGAAGUGUAGUGCGAUAAGGGGGGAUAGGAUAUACAGUUAUGUGCCAAGAGAGAAACACUUAGGAGAGAAAUACUCUUUUCUGUUCAGCCAAGUGUUGUUGUGCUUUGUUUCCAUCUGCAUCACAUGAAUCAUUCUAUGUGGCCCUCCUCCAGAUGCUGGACUACAGCUCCCAUCUUCUCAUUAGAGCUGAUGGGAUACAGGAUCAUUGUGGGCUUCAGAUUCAGAUAUAAGGCUUGUGGAUAUGAUUCCUGGCAUUACAACGUCCUUUCACAUCUCUCCUGGAAUUACAAGGGCUCCUAUAGUUCCCAUCAUCCCCAGGUCAUCACAAGGGAUGGAUGUUGCUGUCCAAUAACAUCUAGGGACCCAAAGUGGGUAAAAACUAAAGAGCAUCGGCCACUAUAUUAAAUAUAUAUUAUCUAUAUACAUAAAAAUGUAAUGUCA